AUGUUCCAGGCCAGCCGAGGCUUCGGCUAUGGCACUGCGACCGGCCGAGGAGGAAGCCAUUGGGCACGCCAGAGGGACGCCAUCCGAAGCGCGCUCAGAUUUGGAUGUGUUAAGAGCAUCACGGGCGGCAAAGCCAUCGCCAAGGAGCUGAACGCCAGCCUCGGGAAGAUCGAGGUGGUGACCGACUACAUCCGGGUCUUCAGCUCGAACGCCCUCCGCUCGCUGAACUUCCUGAAGAGUUUGCGGGUCAUCGGGGGCGCCAGCCUCUACAACGACAAGUACGCCCUGUAUGUCCAUGGGAACGAUAAUCUGGAGGAAAUAUGGUCUUGGGACGACCACAAGAACUUCACCAUUACAGAGAAAAAGGCCUCGGUCCUCUUCCACUCGAACCCGAAGCUGUGUUACAAGAAGAUCAAGGAGCUGCUCGAGCGAACCGGCCGCGUUGAGAUGACGGCGGACUGCAACAUGAACCUGACCAACGGGAACAAGGCAGCGUGUAUGGACAAGACCCUGGACCUGUACCUGACGCCCCUCGCCCUCAGAGGCACAGUGAACGUCAGCUGGAACACCGUCUUCAUCAACGACGACGACAGGAUGCUGACGGGGUACUACAUCUUCUACAAGGUCGCCUACGAGGAGAACGUCACCUACUUGGAUGGCCGGGAUGCCUGCCAUGAGUAA